GGAUGUUUCCCGGGUUCCGCUCAGGAGCAGCGACGCGCCAACACGCUCCGCGGGAGGCUGCGAGUCAGACGGAUCCGCCGGGAACACACCAGCUACAGGCGGGUCGCUCGGGUCCGGGAAUCGAACCCGCUUCACGGACGUACACUCUUGGACGCUUGAAUGGAAGCGGACGGCUUCGUGUCCCGGACGUCCGUGGAAUCACCGGGCGUCGACAGCCGCGUCGCGGGCGCCGCAGCCGGGGCAGAGAUCCGAUGGCUGGGCGGCCGGCUCCGGGACGCCACCGGGGGGUUUGUCGGCUCUCUUUCACCAAGGAUGCCCGGGGAACAGGACUUUGCCCCCGUGUUGCAUCGAGCCCCGCCGGCGGACAGCCCGACCUCUGCGGAGCCGGACAUGGACUAUGAAGGGCUUCCUCCGGGGGAAGCCACCAGCACUCACAUGCUGGCAGGAGCCGUGGCUGGGAUCAUGGAGCACUGCCUCAUGUACCCCAUCGACUGUGUCAAGACUCGUAUGCAGAGCCUGCACCCGGAGCCCGGGGCGCGCUACAGGAACGUGAUGGACGCCCUGCGGCAGAUCGUCAGGACUGAGGGCGUGUGGCGGCCAAUCAGAGGCGUGAACGUGCUGGCGGUCGGCGCAGGCCCCGCCCACGCUCUCUACUUCGCCUGCUAUGAGAAGAUCAAGUUUUCACUCAGUGGCGCGAUCCACCCCGGAGCUAACAGCCACUUUGCUAACGGAGUUGCCGGCUGCAUGGCCACGGUGCUGCACGACGCCCUGAUGAACCCGGCUGAAGUUGUGAAACAGCGAAUGCAGAUGUUCAACUCUCCUUACCGCAGUGUGUUGGACUGCAUGGGCUCGUUGCUGCGGCGCGAGGGCCCGGCCGCCUUCUACCGCAGCUACACCACCCAGCUGACCAUGAACGUGCCCUUCCAGGCGCUCCACUUCAUGACCUACGAAUACCUCCAGGAGCUGCUCAACCCCCACAGACAAUACAACCCCUCCUCCCACGUGGUGUCUGGCGCGCUGGCCGGAGCUCUGGCUGCCGCCGUCACUACUCCCCUGGACGUGUGCAAGACCCUCCUCAACACACAGGAGGCGCAGGCCAUCCACGUGAUCCGGGCCGAGGCAGCCACGGCAGCCGGAGCGGUCGGAGCUGCCGCCGCCACCGCCCCGGUCAGCCGGCACAUCUCUGGUCUGGGCGAGGCCUUUCGGACAGUGUACAGGAUGGGAGGCGUGCCGGCGUUCUUCAAGGGCGUCCAGGCCCGGAUCAUCUACCAGAUGCCCUCCACGGCCAUCAGCUGGUCAGUGUACGAGUUCUUCAAAUACAUCAUCACCAAGCGGCAGCACGAGAGGCGGCUGCGUGGAGACCGGGACGGAGACAAAUAAAGACGUCUCAUCCACCGAGUCCUGAGGAAACAAACAUGAAUUUGAGAUUAUUUGAGAAAAUCUUCAACUUUUGAAUUGUUUACUGAGAUCAGUUGAGUGCAGUCCUGUCUCGUUCCAGCAGCUGAGGUCAGAGGGUCAAUGUGGGGGUUUAACAAGAUGUCCGUUGAUAACCAUCCACAAGAAGAAGCCUUUGGAACAGCAGACAGGAAGUGGUUCCGUGAAUUCCCCCCCCCCCCCUUAACAUCACAUUCAUGUGCUUUCACAAAGCAAAGAACUCAUGAAGGGUAACCAUCAAAGUAAAGUUCAACUUGUCCCUUUGAACAAAGAGAUAUUUACUCCUUACUUUCUGUUGACCACCUACAAUGCAGUUUUGUGUUAUAUUGGGAUUUGUGUUUGGAUCCUGUUCUGAAGCAGAUUUAAAAUAUCUGGAGGUAAAAGUUCAGAUUCAGCUUUAAUGUUUAAUUUGAUGCUGUUUAUGUUCACUUCAGAUGAACACGGCUAAAAUUGCAGCCUCGGCACUUUACCUCGUGUUUUGAGGACAGAACAAAAAUGUGUCCCUGUCCUAAUAUUUCAGAACUGCACUGUAAAGAGGGUUACCAGUAGGUAUUCAAACCAUGUGACCUGCCCGGGGGGGGGGGGGGG